AUGGCGAAGAAAGGCAAACCAAAGAUAAGUAAAAUUAAAAGAAACAACCACACAACGAAUAAAAUGAAGAAACAGGGUAAACUAAAGCUUCAGCGGCAUAGGACGAAGGUGCAGAAACAGAAACAGCCGGUAAAGGAAACACCAGAAUACAGCAGUGAUAGUGAAUCCUCGAGUAACGAGUGGGCAGACAUGUUGGAUGAGGAGGAACAGCAGUACAUAGCGAACAGACUGGCCAAGCAACCCAACCUUCUGUCAAACAUACCAGAGAAAGAAGACAAUAAGAGAGGAUCCAAACGCAAGAAAGAUAAGGAACGUUUACCCAAAGUGAAGAAGCCAAGAAUUGAAACUAAUAUGGACGAUAACAUUGGUUCAUCCGACGAUUCUGAUAGUGAAGUGGAAGAAAAAUAUGAAAAGGAUCUAGCACAGCAGCCGGUAAAGAAGACGAGAUCACUGCUACCGAUUAAAACGAAAGACGGGCUUGUGGAGAGAACUGAAGAAUGUGACGACUCAGAUACCGAGUCUGCAGAGGAAAAUCAAGAUCAAGCGGGUAUUGAUGAAUCAGAUAAAGAAGCUGAUGAAUCAGGCUCAGAACAUGAUUCAGAUGAUGAAACUAUGGAAAAAUCAGAAGAUAAUGAGAAAGAAAUUACUACAGUUGAACUAUUAGCAGCCAGACGAGACCGACUGAGACAUGAGAAGUUAAGGAUUGGAGCACUGUGCUCCUCACUGUUGGAAAGUCCUGAAAAAAAGCUGAAGAAUCUAUAUCCAAUCUUAUAUCUAAUGGAUGAGCAUCUUAAAGACGGUACUCCGAACCUGGUGUCAGUUCGUAAGCUAGCCUCGCUGUCAGCGGCCGAAGUAUUCAAAGACAUCUUGCCCGAGUACAAGCUACGACAUCAGGACUAUAGUGAUGUUAAAUUAAAGAAAGACACUUUGGCGCUAUAUAAAUAUGAAAAGGAAUUGUUGGAGUUCUACAAGAGGUAUCUUCAAAGAUUGGAGAAGGCGGCCGGUGUACUGAGACCCAAGAAAGGGGAUAGACGUAAAGCCGAUGACCCUCGUAUAAGCUUGGCCCUGCUGUCCAUCAAGUGUAUGUGUUCCUUGUUAGUGGCAAGACCUAACUUCAACUACGCAACCAACAUAGCUCAGAGUGUGAUCCCGUUCCUGGACACUACUCCGGAGGCAAGGAACACUGUGACCGAGGCCUGCACCGCUGUGUUCAAGGAAGAUAGAAAAGGAGAAAUUACAUUGGCUAUAGUCCGUCUAAUUAAUCAGCUCGCUAAGCGUCGCGGCUCAAAACUCAACCCCGCGGCCCUCGAUUGUCUGUUACAACUGAACAUACAAGACGUAGAGCUUGAUGAAGAACACGAGUUGAAGAUGAAGAAGAAGUUAGAACAGAAGAAGAAGAAGAGGAUCAUCAACCUGUCCAAGAAGGAGAAGAAGAGAGCUAAGAAGUUGAAAGAGGUGGAACGAGAACUUCUAGAAACAGAAGCCAAGGAGAGCGAGACGGCCAGGAGGAAACAGCUGACGGAAGUGACGAAGACUGUGUUCCAUAUAUACUUCCGGUUACUGAAGAGUUCCCCCUCCACCGGUCUACUCAUAGCGGCUCUGAAUGGAAUCGCCAAGUUCACGCACGUCAUCAACCUAGAGUACUACUCCGACCUGGUAUCUAUCUUGUCUGGUCUGGUCAUUUCGUCGGUCGCUCGCUCCACGCGGCUUGUUGUAGUGAGCACUGUCCUCGCUGUACUGGCUAAGGCAGGGGACGCGAUCAACGUAGACCCGGCCGUGUUCCACAAACAACUGUAUCAGGAUAUGAUCGAAGUACACGCUGGUUCUCCUAGGUCGGAGUCGGCCUCAGUGUUCUUGUGUGUUAGCGCCGUGUGUGAUCGAGUGCGGCGCGUGUCGUGCGGCGUGUUGCGGGCGCUGGCCAAGAGACUCAUGACCGGCGCCACGCAGCUAGAACACCACGCCGCGCUGGCCGCGCUCACGGCUGUGUGGACACUCAUGCAGCACAACAAGCACGUGUCGUCGUUGUUUUCUUCGGAGGGCGCGGGCUCGGGCAGCUUCUUGCCUCUGAGUCCGUCUCCGGAGCACUGCGGCUCACACGCGGCGCUCGGCUAUGAAGGGCCCGCGCUGACCUCGCACUACCACCCGCUGGUGCGCGCCGCGGCCGCCGCGCUGCUACACGGAGGAGGCUGGCCGCAGGAGCUACACUCACUGUCCCCAAUGCGGAUCUUCGACCAGUACGACUGUUCCCAGAUGUGUUUCAAGCCGGCCAUACCUCCCCCCACACCCCGCAACCCCGCAAGGAUCAAGACCGCCCCGACCUGGGCCAGGCACGACUUGAAGAACUACUGCGAGACUAUUGAAGAUAAUAUAGAUAUGAACAUCGACAACUUCAUAGAGAGAUGA